ACCGCAGGGUUUCCUUUAAAAAAGAUUACUGCCAAUCACCCAAAUAUUUUAAAAAAUAUUCCUAAAGACCAUUUGUUGGAUACUAAUUUCCUUAUAUUUGAAAAGGAUAGUACAACAAAAACACUAGGCAUCCAAUGGAAUGCGAUAUCGGACCAGUUUUCAUACACGACUGAGUCCAUAUCCGCAUUAUCCGCAUUAUCCGCCAGUACCAAACGCCAAAUUCUCUCCUCGGUGUCAAAACUUUUUGACCCCGCAGGAUGGCUUUCGCCAAUUAUGAUACAAGCGAAAAUCUUGAUCCAAGAAUUAUGGCUAGACGGAACCGACUGGGACGAACAAGUGAAACCUAUUCGGUUAGAAAAAUGGUCCCAGUUCGCUAAUAACUUGAACGACAUCUCGAAGAUACAAAUUCCACGGUGGGUAAACUAUUCCCCCGAAUACAAAGUGGAACUACACGGCUUUUGCGACGCCUCUGAAAAGGCAUAUUGUGCCACUAUAUAUGUGCGUACACAAACCGAUGUCGCAACUACAAGCCACUUAUUAGCGGCAAAGGCAAAAGUUGCGCCUCUAAAAACGCUAAGUCUCCCACGACUUGAACUCUGUGGCGCUCUGCUACUAGCAAAGCUAGCUUCAACGGUGCAGACCCACUUAAAAAUGGCGAAAUACAGAUUAUAUUUAUGGUCCGAUUCCGAGAUAGUUCUAGCCUGGUUAGAAAAACCACCACAUGCGUGGAAAACUUAUAUUUCUAACCGAACUUCUGAAAUACUUGACCUAGUAGGAUCAGCCACUUGGCGUCACGUAGCCAGUGCUGACAAUCCUGCUGAUCUAGGUACAAGAGGAUGCAAGCCUCUGCAUCUUGCCACCUCCACCCUCUGGUGGAAUGGCCCCCGAUGGUUAACAGAAUCUCCCGAUUCUUGGCCACAAUCGCCCAUGCGCAACAUACUUGCCCCAGAAAGUCGUAAAAUCGACACUUAUCAUGCAACACUGGAUGACACUGACAUCCUUGAACGAUUUUCAUCGUUCCCCCGAGCCCUCCGGGUAGUUGCCUAUAUGCUCAAGUUUUUAGAGCGGCUUAAACUUAAAGUUAAAGGAGCAACUGAUCUCCAUUGCGAUAAAUUGACGCACCAAGACUUACAAAAAGCAAAGGUCGCUCUUAUCGCAUCAACCCAAACGCGCUACUUCAGCCGCGAUAUAGAAUUACUAAGAGAGUCGAAGCCUAUCGAUAAAAAGAGCUCACUCUUAGUCCUAAACCCAUUUCUAGAUACGAAGGGUUUACUUCGUGCGAAUGGUCGGCUUGCUAAUUCAAGCCUAACGUACAAUGAACGCCACCCUAUAAUCAUACCAGAGAGGUGUCCGUUUGCCACUUUAUUUAUUAGAUAUAUCCACAUACUAAUGCUCCACGCCGAACAUCGCCUCAUGCAACAUAUGGUCCGCCAAGAGCUGUACAUACCCCGACUGAAGCCCCAAAUAAAGAAAUGCAUUUUCAUGUGCAAAAUCUGCACUAUGCAUAAGCAGAAAAUGCGAUCGCAGAUUAUGGCAGCACUUCCACCUGAACGCUGCAAUAUUGCUCUGCCUUUCACCACUACAGGUGUAGAUUUUGCUGGGCCUUUUAUGAUAAAGGCAUUCAUGCUAAGGUCUCCUACCCUCAUGAAAGGCUAUGUGGCUGUUUUUGUCUGUUUCACGACAAAAGCAGUACACCUUGAGCUAUGUACGAAUCUGACGACGGAGGCUUUUCUUGCGGCUUUUGCUCGUUUCGUCGGACGACGAGGCUUUCCAUCAAAAAUCAUGAGCGAUAAAACAUUUAUCGGAGCUCAAAGAGCUACCGAAAAACAGUUUGUGGACUUCACAAAACAAGUCUCACCGGAAAUUGUCCAAAAAUACGCUCCUCAAGGUAUCAAUUGGCAGUUUAUCCCCCCAAGCGCCCCUCACAUGGGUGGCUUAUGGGAGUCAGCCGUAAAAAGUUUCAAACCUCAUUUCAAGAAGCUAGCUGGCAACUAUAAAUUCAAUUAUGAAGAGUUCACGACACUCUUAACUAGAAUUGAAGCCGUUCUUAACUCACGGCCUCUCGCUGCACUCUCGCAAGAUCCCUCAGAUUUUACUGCCCUCACGCCAGGGCAUUUUCUUAAAGGAGCGCCCAUUCUGGCCACACCUGAGCCAGGCGUGGAGUCGCUUUCCUUAUUAAACCGUUGGGAAAGAAUUAAGAUUCUCCAUCAUGACUUCAGUCGCCGAUGGAAAGAUGAUUAUUUAAAGGACCUCCACAGAAGGUACCGAUGGAAAAUCACAGAACAUGCGCCUAAGCUUGGAGAUUGUGUCUUAAUCAAUGACGAUUGUCUCCCCCCUACCGAAUGGCGGCUUGGCCGCAUAGAGAAGCUCUACUACGGCUCCGACGGUCAUAUUCGCGUAGUCGAUCUCCGUACACAAUCGGGAACGCUAACUAGACCGCUCGUUAAAUUAUGCUUUUUGCCAACCGCAGAUAAAAUCGAAACGUAACCGCAAUCAAUAAACAAAGAGAUAAAUAAAAGAAAAAUUUAUGUAUAUGUAUGCAUAAUAGUAAACGCACCCAUUAUAAAUAAAUAGCCACCAAAAACCCAAACCAAAGGGAAAGUCGAUCCACACGACGACUCACUCCUGCCACAUUACGUGCCACCACCGGCCAUAUGAUUAUAUACACAUAUAUAUAUGAUAAUUAAAAAAAAAAACCUAUUUCUUAACAGGUCAAUAUGGAAGACGAGAUGCCCACUACUCCAACGCCCUCCGUACGUUCGGCCGUGAAUGUUCCGCGCCCUAAAGCUACCCCUGUAGCAGCGCCGCGAACAACCAUCAAUACCGCAGCCCACCGAGAAGUUCCGACAGCUCCGCGUAGUGACCCGCAAGCACGGGCUCCGGAACCAGCACCACUUCAAUGCGCGCUAUGCCGCCGCCGACACCGAUUGCCACAUUGUGGCAUAUUCAAGGGGAUGACGCCUUAGCAACGCCAGCAGGUCGCCCAGGCCCACGGGCAUUGCUUAAAUUGUCUGGCGCCUACCAACCGAACUCGCGAAUGUACCACAGGGUAUCAGUGCCAGGUGUGUAUGGGUCACCAUCACACAAUGUUCCACCGCAAUGCCGGACCCGACGUUGAGCGUCGUCAUCCCCUUCGCGGCCGUACUGCCAGCCGCCGACUCCCACGACCGCAACCGCGAAGGCACGCCUUCCCUGCGGAGGAGUACCGCGCCAGGCGCCAGCAUCACCAGGCCACCCAGCAUCGGAGGCGCCAUCCUAGGCCGCAAGCGCGUCGUAGGACAGGCCUCAGCAACGUUGUUGCAACACUGCAACAACUUCAGAGGCUACUAGGCUGAAUACUCGCCUAGGGGGGCCAGGAUGUACAAAUGAGCAUCUCCCCCGGGCAUUUACACACCCACCACACGAUCACACAUUUCAACUCAACUUCACAACAUUGACACGCACCUUCAUCAUAUCCACGUCACAAACCAACAAAGCUUACUUUCCACACUACACACCAGCUGAUUCCACACACAAAAAAGGGGACCAAAAGGACAACCGCAUCUCACUUCGUUUGCAACUUCAACCGCAUCUUACUUCGUUUGCAACUUUAACCGCGACUACCACGCGUGGGCGAACCUUCUAGAACGAGCGUUUUCUCUCAAACCAACAGUUUUUCGGCGGUUUAAAUAUCCAGUUUUCUAUAAAAUCAACAGUUUUUCGGCAGUUUAAAUAUCCAGUUUUCUCAAAAACCAACAGUUUUUCGGCGGUUUAAAUAUCCAGUUUUCUGUGAAACCAACAGUGCUUCGGCGUUUUAAAUAUCCAGUUUUCUCUACAAUCAACAGUUUUUCGGCGUUUUAAAUAUCCAGUUUUCUCUACAAUCAACAGUUUUUCGGCGGUUUAAAUAUCCAGUUUUUUCUACAACCAACAGUUUUUCGGCGGUUUAAAUAUCCAGUUUUUUCUACAACCAACAGUUUUCGGCGUUUUAAGUAUCCAGUUCUUUUUCUACAACCAACAGUUUUCGGUUUUUAAAUCGGCAGUUAAUAGUGUCGGAGUUCGAGACACUUGUUCUUGCUCAUCACCUAUCAUAAGGGAACAGCAAAAGCGUGACAGAUCCUCUCAUGCCGACCACUGCUCUACAAUCGCUGCUGUUUCUGCUAAUAAUGCUAAUAAUAAUUAUCUCGCUCCCGCUACACCGAAGGCACUCUCUGCAGCUUCAACUAUUGCUAACUCUAUCUUCACCUCUACGACUAUUGUGGGUACAAAUGCUCCGUCACCUAGCGUUCACGAAUGAUAGAGAAAGAGAUUGCGCAAUGCCCAUGUUUGCUUUCAGUCAGCUGUUCUUGAUGACGUCACGGUUGACUUAUUAUUCACCCGCGCUUUUGAAAGUGAAUUGGAAUUGUG